AUGGUCCGCGUCCUUGCCGCCCUGGCGUGUCCCGUGAUCGCUAACGCCGCCCCGGCCAUCCUGCAUUAUCGCUUCCGCAUCACGGACAAACUGCACGAGUUCGAAAUCGCGUCGAUGGAAGCGGCAAUGGCGGACCCUGUUGAGAACUGCGACCAAUUCUACGGCGGCGCGGGCUCCCCCGAUUUCUUGUACAUCGAAGGCGAGGCGUCGCCGCGAUCGGUGGCGUCGUCUGGGCUCUUCAUAAACGAGCUGGCCAAGAAGCACAAGGCGAUGGUCGUGUCGUUGGAGCAUCGACGGCAAAUCCCAACCGUUCCCGGACCUCAGCACGGCCGGCCUCCAGUACCUUGCGCAGACCAAGCGUUGGCCGACUUGGUGCGAUUCCAAGACUACUUCGCGGCCAAGCAAAACUUGACCAAGAGCAAGUGGGUCGCGUUUGGUGGGAGCUACCCCGGCAUGUUGGCAACCUGGCUCAAGCUCAAGUGCCUGUCGCGCGACAUUGUGAGCCAAGGGCUUCGGUACUGUGGCGGUGACAAGUUGGUGGCCAGCGACCAGGCCGAUGACGCCGCCACACUGAAGGCACUAUAUAACCCGUGCACUCCUUUCACGAACGACGACGACCGGAGUGUGUUUGAAACGCAAGUGUUUGGCGCGUUCCAAGGCGCGGCACAAUAUGCGGCGGACGGCACGACCGACUUGACGCGAAUCUGCAACAAAAUCGCGGCGUUUUCGGUCACCCCCGUCGAGACGCUGUCCCAGUUCGUGGGCACCACGGGCGGCGACACGUGCUCGUACAGUGACUUACCACGGCGCGUUUGCUCAUGUACGGCACCGUCCCAGUCGUCCAGCACAAACUGUGCGCGGCUGUGUUUAACAUCACCGACAACGAUGCCCGUGCUGCGGCAACUAAUAGACGUCCGGCGGAUGGAAAUCAACGUCGACAACGUCAUCUUCCCGACGGGGACGAUCGAUCCGUGGGACGGUUUGGCCUUGAACAACAAGACGGGCGUCGUCAACUCCAAGUCGGAGGUUGUCGACAUCCAAGGCACGUCGCAUUGCCGCGCCAUGUUUUCGCGCAGCGGCCACGUGGUGUGGGCCCAUGAGCGCAUUGAAAGCGCCAUCGAUGGAUUCCUGCGCAACCAGUGCUAA